AUUGGUGGGAGGAGUUUUGUAGGUGUUGCCAAAUAAAAAUGGCGGAUCUGUGAAAGUAGAUUUUUUUCUGGUGUCUCUCUUUGCCCAGUCAUACAAUUGUAUUAUCGUACUGAUAGGAACUGGAUUUAAAUUUAUAAAACAGGUACUGUAUGCAAAUAUUCAUUGAGAUACCUUCCGCCCACACACUAAAUGAGUACUUUAUAUUCUGCUGACGACACUAGAACAGGUAACACCUCACCUACUUUAAGUUUCUUCCCUUCUCGUCCGUUACUUGGUGCAGGCCCCGCCCUAAGCUCCGCCCAAGGACUACCCAAUCGUCCGGUGGCUCUCAUGCAAAGAGACACGCCCACUAAUUUAUCUGAUUCUGACAAAUUAGGAGGUGGAGUCUCCCCGUCAGUUGAUUCAAUGUAUUCCCCUAAUGAUACUCAUGGAAUGGGCGUGUCAGGGGGUGUGGCUAAAGGAGCUAGGUCCAAACCUCUCACCACUUCUUUUGCUCUUCCGUCACCAAAAGCUAACAGGGACAUCGUGUUGCUAGGGAACGGUAGCCACGACAAUCGUAGCCGUGACAACGAAGACAAGGAUUCCGUAUGUAGUGAGCCCGUUAGAGGGCGUGGCUUUGACACACCUCCAGUCACGCCUACCCCGUCUCUACCAGGAGGACUCUCUCUUCAAAUGCCGGCACACUUGAGGACACAGCAGGGAAAAAAGAAAAAGGUUACAAGUCUGGAAGAUAAGAAAGAAGAGAGAGAAGGAGAAACUGAUGAAAUAGCAAGUGGCCGCUCUACCCCAAUCAUCACCUUACCUGAAGUACCUAAGCAAAGACCUCAAUAUGCGUCACAGUUCUCACCAUUACAGUCCGUACGUCCUUCACUAUCAGCCUCUCUACCUGUUACUAGAUUAAGAGGAGGAGAUGAUGUCCUUAGUCUUAAAGAGCAACUGAAGCAGCUCAUGAGAGAAAAGGCUAAUCUUGAAGGUCAACUUGAGAGCGUUAUUGAUGAAUGUCAGAGCACUUUAAAGGAAAGGUCACAGCUGCAAACUAAACUAGCACAAGCCGAAGUAGAACUAAGCACAAUUCACACUGAUCUGACUAAUAGUCUAACAGCUGCUGGUAGGGAGGCUGCUGAGGAAGAAGAGGGAGGGAGUGACUUACAGACUGAGCUAAACCGUUUGGAAUCGACUUUAAGUCAGAAGAGAAGUGAACUUGCUUCAAAGUCGCGUGAGAUCGAAAAAGAGAGAAAAACUGUUAAAGAUCUAUCAGACGAACUUAUCAGUGCUCGCGGUCUUCUUAAAGAGAAAGAGAGAGAAUUAGGCGAGAUACAAGAACAAGUUAGGCGACACUCGAGUGUCCUUGAGGAGAAAGAUGACGCCAUUGAAGAACUAAAGAGACAAAACCUUUCCUUAAAAGGUAGUCUUACCAGCAUGGAGUCAUCUAAAGCAUGGCUGAAAGAACAGCUUGAAUCAGCUAUCGAUACCAAAGCAAAACUACAAGAAGAACUAAGAGGAGUUAGAGCCAGUGGAUUAACACAGAGUAUAAAAAUGGAGGGUCUACAAAAAGAAAGUGAUCUACUUAAACAACAAGUGGCAGAUCUUCAGGGCAGCAUAUUAAGAGAUAAAGCUAAACUAGUGACGGAGUUGGAGGCCAUUGAAGCUGACGUGAUUGAUAAAGAAGGAACAUUUGAACUGGUCCAGGCUGAGAAGGAGCAGCUACAGGAACAGCUGCAACUCAAGUCGUCUCAACUUGAUAAGAUCAUAUCCAAUUUGGCUGAUCAAAAGGCGGCCAAUGCUCACCUGAUGAGUGAACUUGAUGACGUCAAUGCUACUAAUAGCUCGUUAGAAUCUCGUUUAAAAACUUUAGAAGAGGAAAAUAACAAAAUGACUCAGCAAACGGAACAAUUCCAGCGACAGUUGGCAGUCAAAGAAGAGGAGGGAAAGGAACUUAAGAAAUCAAAAUCAACUUUACAACAACAGCUCCAAUCAAAGGAGCUAUCGACCGUGAGUAAGGACGGGGAGAUACAGAACCUGAAGGACUCUAUAGGGAUUCUUAAACAUGAGCGGGACACUCUGAAUGAGUCCAAGAAGGUUUUAGAGGAAGAACUCUCUCGCCGUCAAGAAACCAGUGAGCGCCUUGAGUCUGAUUUUGAGAACUCUAAGAACCAGCUAGCUCAGUUGGAGUCACAGCUUCAAGCCGAGAAAAGGAAGCGUCAGCUUUUAGAGUCCGAGGUUUCUGAUUUUGAGUCCCAGUUAGCCGAGAAACAAGAGGAACUGGAGGAGAAAGAGAAAUCAGUAACUGCCCUCCAGUCACAGUCGGAAGAUAUCAGGCAGCACUUUAACUCACUUCAGAACCGGUUCGAAGAGAUUGAGAAUGAAAGUGGAGCUAGUUUAGAGGAGAAGGAUAAACUGAUUGAGACGCUUAAGAGCGACCGGAAAAAGGCGUUGGAUCAAGCGAGGGCCUUGUCAGAAAGUGAGAGAGGGAUGAGAGAGGAAGUGGCAAGACUAAAAGAGGAAAAUGCCAACUUGCAGGGGCAGCUGGACUCUGCCGUGAGCUCAGGACCACAGCUGGAGGAUUUCAAACAAGUCUUGAAAGAGAAAAAUACACUGGAUAGUCAGUUAGCGUCUGAGAGACUCAAUCAUCAACAAGAAGGAAUUAAACUUCAAGCGAAAGUGGCCAGGCUUGAGACAGAGCUGAAGGACGUUAGGAAAGAAGGGAAGAAAAAGGAGAGAGAGUUUGAAAAGAAGCAAGAGAGUCUGGACUUGAUAAUUGAUGAUCUACAGAAACAACUUGAAGAAACUAAAAAGAAAGACCUGGCUAGUCAGCCAUCAACGGAUGAGGUAGAUGGUCUUCAUGAAGCAAUAGAAGAGAGAAACAACAUGAUAGAAACCUUGGGCAAAGACAAGACUAAGCUACAGGAGGAGAACACAAGUUUAAGAGAAAGAUUGAGAGAGAGUGACACUCGCCUAAUGGAGUUAGAACAAGAAAUGGAGGACGCACUACAGCAGCUAAAGGAGGAGGGAGAGAUUGAGAGAGAGCGAUUUGAAGAAGAGAAGCAGCAGCUGGUCAUUGAAGCACAGCAUUUAAAAGGUCGUCUGUCAGGUAUCAACAGGUCCCAACAGGUAAUGCGGGAACAUACAACAGGUUUAGAGAAAUCUCUAGCUUUUAAGGAAUCACAGAUACAGAAACUGACCGGCGAGAACAAUCGAGCAAUUGCCGAAAAAACUAAUGAAAUUGAGUCCUUGAAGACGUCCGUGACGGAACUUCAAGACAGAGAGAGUUCAUUAAAGUCCGAGCUACAGCAAGCUUUGAACUCCGCCCUUCUUGAGUCCCAAAGAGCCGACGGGAUGGCAAGAGACCUUGAGAGACUCAAGGAAGAAUUGGAGAGGACCAGAGGAGCUUCAUCCAGUGAUAAAGAACUCAGAGAGCUCAGGGAAAGUGUAGCUAACCUGGAACAAGUCAAGACCGACCUUCAGGGCGAAGUUCGUAUUCUUAAGCAGCAGCUGUCGUUAAGUGAGGACAAUGUUGAGUCCAUUCAGCGAGAACUGGACGAGAAGGAACAGCUGAUCUCCAUAUUAGGACAAGACCUCAAAAUGACCAAAGAAGAGUUGGACCAGUCACAAAAUGAAAUGAGCACAUUACAGAGUCUCCUCCAUGAGAAGAAGUCUCCUCAGAGGACGUUAACAUCAAGCACUCCUCAUUUCAUUGAUGGUGGCCUGUCUCCUGUAGUAAAAGGCACUGGCUUAGACGAGAAACAAAGUGGAGAGAUAUCAUCUCUUAAAUCCCAGCUAGGAGCAAAAUCCAAGACGUUAAAGAAUUUGCAUUCAUGUCUGCGUGAUCUGAAGAAUGAUAUGGGUGACAUACAGACAAGGAUGGAUCACCACACUUCCUCGUUACAGAAUUCAUACAGAUCAUCGCAACAAUUAGAGGAGAAAAUAAGGUCAUUGCAACUGAGUAGAAGUAACAGUAGUCAUUCAACAAGGUCGAUCACACCUUCAAAUUGAAACUGAAACUAUUAUUAUUAUUAUCAUUAUUAUUACUGCUACUGUUUUUAAAGAUUUUCUUAACUAAAAAAA